CCCCCUUCCAGUGGCAGGCUUGAGCUUGCUCGAGUCGCGAGAUCGCGUCGGGUCGGAGACGGAUCGGACCGCCAGCGAGCGGUCCUGGAUCGAGUCGCAGUCGGAUCGCCCCGCCUGGCUCCGGCUGGCCCCGGCCGAUGCGGGCGACUCCUACCGAGUCGAGUCGAAUCGGCAUCGCAGCCCCAGCCGGCGGCUCGACUCGAGCCGAAGCGGAUCGUAGGCGGCCCUGCUCGGUGGCGGCCCUGCCCUUAGAGGGUUCCCCCGCACGCCCCGGGGGCCACCCCGGGCCCGCGGCGCCCGCGGCGUGGCACUCCCGAGAGGUCGGCGGCGCCGUACCAGGCUCCGCCACCGGAGGCGCCCUGGCAGGACCGACCGCUCCUCCUGGAGUCAGCUGGCGGAGAUCGCCCUGGAAUGCACGCACGCCGACGGCGUGGAGCUGGCGAGGCUGCCGCUAGGCUUCCGCGCUUUGGCCUUCGCGGUGGACCCCUGCGGCGGCCGCUUCGCCGCCACCGUUGGCCGGCAGCACCAGCCGGAGUUCUUCGAGGCGCUGGUGCCGGCGAGGGACCGCCUGCAGGGCAUCUCGCGCGCCCACUUCGAGCUCACCUGGGACCCGAGGGAGGGGGGCAGGCUGGCGCUCCGGAAGCUGUCGGGAAACCCUCUGCUCGUCAACGAGGCGCCGGUGGAGACGUCCACGGCCGUGCCCAUCAAGGACGGCACCAACAUCGGCUUCAGCGGCAUGUCCGACACCGACCCGCGAUUCCUGCUGCUGCGCGUCGCCCUCCGCACACGCGAGUGCGUGAAUGCUACGGGCCCUCACCCUUCGCGGUCGCGCGGGAGCGGCGGGCGAUGCUCGCGCGGUCGCCGUCGCAGGAGCAGCCGUCGCUCGCCCCGAAGCAGCAGGCCGGCAGUGGGGCUGCGGCGGCCGUGCUCGAGUGCGUCCACGCGCAGGGGGGGGACCCCCGCCGCCUCAGCCCCGAGUCGCGCGUGGUGGCGCUCGUCGAGGACGAGGUGCUCGAGGUGGGCCGUCAGCAUCAGCUCGGCUUCUUCGAGGCGCUGCUGAAGGCCGAGCCGCAGUGGCUCGGCUACAUCUCGCGGAGCCACCUGUCGCUCCGCCUGUCGCGCGCCGAGGACGACGGCCGGACCACGCCGCCGCGGCGCGGCGGGGCGCCGGUGCUGCAGGUGGAGAACCUGAGCGCCAACGCCGUGAUGGUCAACGGCCGCCAGCUGGCCAAGGGACAGACCGAGCGCGUCGCCGAGGGGGGGUCGCUGAGCUUCGUGGCGAAGCCCCAGAACUCCGCGGAAACCCAGUUCCUCUGCUUCACCCUGCGCCGGGCGCGGACCGCCAGGGCCCUGCGCUGAGGCCCGGGAGGGCUCUUCGGCUCACAAGGCCUUCCAGCUGGGGUCCGAGCUCUGGCCCCGCUCCGACCUCCAGCUCCCUUCGCUGGGAGGCCUCUGAUUAGUUAAUGCUUCGCCGCGCCGGCGUCGAGAAUGUGGGCCCGCGCGCGUGCAGUGUUUGGCAUGCCCGACCUGAUGCUUGCCCCCUCCGGCCGCGCGCCCCCGCUGCAGCUGCCGGGCUGUUGUUGCCCGCCAGAGCGGGCCAGCGGCUCGCCUGGCCGCGCCCCGUGCGAUGCUAAUGACCCACCGUGCCUUUCGUGUAGAUCCCUCGGGCGGCGCCGCCGCCGCGGGGGCCGUGGAAGCCUCCCCGUGCAGAUGCGCGGGUCGGAAACGGUGCCUCUCGAGGGCGGGGAGCGUUCGGU